AUGAAGCUCAUGAUAAGUGUAUUUCAUUCCUCUUCUUUCCCCCCGCCAGCAGACAACAUCGCCAGAUUCCCUGGACAUCAUCACCAGAGUCUCUGGGUGUUCUCUCCUCACCAGCAGCUAGAGCUGCUCUCAUCGCGUCUCUCACAUCCGCCUCCUCCGCUUCUUCCUCCACCUCCACCUCCUCAUCGCCCUCAUCCUUCUCCUCUCUCUUCUCCACUUCACUCCAAUCUCACCCCUCCGCUUCCGCCUCCAAAUCUCCCUAAUUCCCCUCGUGGUCCACGCUUCGCAAGCAUGCGAUGCAGUCUGCCUCACAUUGUGCUACUCUCUUUGCUCCCUCCCUCCCUCCCUCCCUCCCUCCCUCCCUCUUCCCGCACUCAGCAGCAACAAGCCUCCGAGCCAUCUACAAUCCAAGCGCCCACCCCCUACACCGGCUGCACUGCUGUCUGCCUCACUGGUUCGGCGCGUGACUUUGAGCUCACCGGGCCUAGCAUCGUGGCUCGGCUGCUGCCGAGCCUGCGUCCGCACCGCCCUGUCCUGUUCCUCGUAGCUCCCCUGGACGAGCACAGCCACAAGCUGUGGGCGCUGCAAUGGGGGCUGGGCAUGGGGAGAGAUGGGGGGUCUGGGGGAUUUGGGGGACAGGGCGGAUCAGGAGAACAGGGAGAGGGACUAGCGGGAGGGUUAGGGCGGAACCUAAAAGAGCGGGUCGAUGUGGAGAGCGCAUGGGAAGGGGGGGUGGAGUUGGGUGCGGUGCAGAUGGGUGGGAGCGUGUGGGUGGACGUUGAUGAGGUGGUGGGAGACAGCAAGCUCUACGACAACGCAACAGCUCGGAGCAUGCAGCCUCAACUGCAGUACUUACAGCUUCUCUCGUCCUGCCUCUCCGUAAUCGACAACUAUCAACACCACCAUCCCUCCUCGCCACCCUUCCACCGUCUCAUCCACUCCCGCCUCGACUCCUACUGGUCCGCCCCACCCUCUUUCUCCUCCGCCUUCUCCUCUCCAGUCCCUAACACCACCGCAUCUUCCUUCGAUGCUCCUGGUGCUGCUGGUAGCGCUGGUGAUGCCACUGCCGCAAGAGCCCCCUUUCUCCUUCAUUCUCCCCCUUUUCUUUCCUUCUCUCGCCUUCUCGCCCUUUCUCCUUCCUCCCCACCCCCUUCUCCCCUUUCUCGCCUGCUCCCUUCAUUCCACCCCCACAGCAACCUCUCCCCAAAGGCAACCCUCCAGGCCUGUAUAGAAUCCACAGGCAUCCACGUGGCACGAGCUGAUUGGCCGCUGUGCACCGUGAGCCACCAGACGUUCAAGCACGGGCGGCAAGGGGGAGGUGCUGGUGGCCUCGUUACAGUCACGCGCGAACCUGAACGGAGCGAAAUGCUGGCCUUGCACGCCCAAAUACACUGGCCUAGAGUCACAAACUACGACGUUGCAGCUGUGCUCAUUCAUCCUUCCCUUCCCCACUUGCAGGCGCUUUCACAUAUUGCUUGGGCGCCUGCUUCCAACAGGAUCCGCUCCCCCUCAGUUGAUCCUGUCAACUCGGAUCCGCUCCCCCUAAGCCAGCCCACUCAGCACCGGCACCGAGAGCAUCGAGCAUUGACACUGACUCACAUCCACCAUGCUUGCUGCUCCCUCCCCUCCGCCAAACAGGCCCUCUCCCACAUGGCCUUCGUUCCUGUCUCCAACCAGAUCCGCUCCCCCUCAGCUGAUCCUGUCAACGCUGGCAGCAAUAGCAUACAGCUCUGCGAUGCCUCCCACCCCUGGGAGCUUGCCUGGACCGAUAACUACGAUGCUGCUGCUGGCUCGCGAUUGGCUGGGAUGAGAAGGGCUAUCUCGUCCACCAAUCUGAAGCAAUACGUGCAGCUGAUGGCACAGCUCCAGCGUCAAUCCGCCAACUGGAGCGCCCCCCCCCCUGCUGCUAUCUGUGUGCGAUCGCUCCUCGGCAAGAUAUCCAUUGUUUGCUCUUCGUGGGUUAGGCUUUCAAGCCUCUCAUCCCCUUUCCCUUCUACCUUCCCACUCCCUCCCUCCCCAAACCAGCUCCAGCACCAGACACUCAACUGGAGCGCCCCUCCCCCUUCCGCCAUCUGUCUUCAGCAGCAAACUAGCAACUGGAGCGCCCCUCCCUCUGCGGCCAUCUCUGCAGCAGCAGACAGCCAACUGGAGCGCCCCUCCCUCUGCGGCCAUCUCGUGAUCCUUUCCACCUCCCCCAUGACCCAACCCCCCUUCGUGCGGGGUGGUGGUGGGAGUCGACUCAAAAGACACCCCUCCCCUGGACUGCGGGGUGGUGGGAGUCGCACCUCCCCUCACUCCUCCCAGGCCUCUCAGUGCAUCCCCAUCCCUCCUCACCCCCCUGUCCAUACCUCUACAGCGUGGUGUAUUCCACCUCCCCCAGGACGCCCCUCCCCUGGACUGCGGGGUGGUGGGAGUCACACCUCCCCUCGCUCCUGCCAGGCCUCUCGGUGCAUGCGCUGCCGUCAACCCCCCUCGACUCCACCACUGCCACUCCUGCUCACGUCAUCAAGGUGA